AUGCCUGGACCAAGUGAUACAACAAUAGCUCACAACGAGAGUCUUUUUGCAACAUCUUUGGCAACUGGUAUAAGGGAAUUCCGGACGGGUGUGGAUCGGUGGUCUCAUUGGCAAGAGGUGUUGGAUUCUCAUUUUGUGGAAGCAGCAAUAGAAGAAGACCGCAUAAAAACGUCAACGUUGUUGAAGGCGGUCGGUCUUGAGGCAUAUGGUUUGUUAAGGGAACUGUGUUUCCCUGAUUUACCUGCCAAGAAGAAGUAUAAUGAAUUAUGUGGCAUGUUAAAUCAAUAUUAUUCACCCCCAGUGAUCAUUUUUCGAGAGCGUAGAAAUUUUUUUGACGCCAAAAAGAAGAGUGAUGAAUCAGUAGCAGUGUGGUAUGCACGUCUUAAAAAAUUGGCAAUGGAGUGUAAAUUCGGAUCACAGCUACAACAGUUUGUUUUAAAUAAAUUUGUAACUGGAUGUGAGGGCAAAAUUUUUGAGAGACUCUGUGAAGAGGACGAAGGCCUAACGUUGGAAGUCGCAUUAAAAAAAGCGUUGACUAUUGAGGCGAAGCUGUAUUCACAAAGAGAAACAAAUGAAGAGGUGUACUAUAUACAAAAGAAUAAUACAAAUACUGAACGGGGAAGCAAAAAGUAUAACACCAACAAGAAUAAAGAAGAAGCGGCUGGUAGCAGUAAAUACAACAAACAGUUUAAUGUGCAUGAGAAUAACGGCAAUAAGAAGAAAAAGAAGAAGUUUAUUCAUUGCGGAUGGAAGAAUCACGCUAGCGACAAAUGCAAAUAUAAAAACAGUAUUUGUCAUAAGUGCAACAAAGUUGGACAUUUAGCAAGUAAUAAUGUUGAUGACGAUAAUGCUUUUUCUAUUUAUAGUGUAACGGAUGAAUGUUCUGCUCCAUUUCAAGUAUCAGUUGAAGUAAAUAAAGUAAUGAUCAAUUUUGUUUUGGAUACUGGGGCUGCUUGUUCGUUGAUAUCCAGUGAAACUUUUCAUAAAUUUUUUAAGGAACAGAAAUUAAAGCCAUGCGGUAAGAAAUUGUGUGCUUACGGUGGAGAUGUCAUAGAUGUUAUUGGACGUGAUUUUAUGUCGAUGUUUGAUAUCGCCCUCUCAAAUGUCAAUUUAAUAACGGACAUAAAUGAGUGUGUACUAAGUAUAAAAAAACGGUUUCAAAAUGUUUUCAAAGAAGAGUUAGGUUUAUAUACAGGUGGCACAGUAAAGUUAAAUUUAAUGGGAAACGUUAAACCUAUUUUUUGUAAACCUAGACCGGUUCCGUUUGCGUGGCGUUCAAAAAUCGAAAUACAAUUGCAAGGCUUAGUUGAAAAAGGUGUAUUGGUACACGUAGAUAAUUCAGAGUGGGGCACACCUCUGGUACCCAUUAUUAAACCAAAUGGUCAGAUCCGUAUUUGUGGGGACUAUAAGUCUACCAUUAACAAGUAUUUAGAAGAUGUUAAAUAUCCUCUUCCGUUGAUUGACGAGUUGUUUGCUUCUCUUCGUGGAGAGCUUUUCACGAAAUUAGAUCUUUCAAACGCUUAUAAUCAAUUGGCUUUAGAUGAAGAUUCUCAGUUGUUAUGCGCAUGGAGUACCCAUUUGGGUAUAUUCAAAAUGACUCGCUUGCCAUUUGGGGUUAAACCCGCAGCGGCUAUUUUUCAGAAAACAUCUGAGAAUAUUUUACGUGGCAUUCCAAACGUAGUUAACUAUUUGGAUGAUAUUAUCAUCACCGGUCGUAAUUUUGAGGACCAUGUUAAAACUAUUGAGUUGGUAUUAAGUAAACUAUCAUCAGUUGGUUUGAGACUUAAUAGUGACAAAUGUGCAUUUUUCAAAGAUAAGGUAUCAUAUUUAGGCUUCAACAUUGACCGUUUCGGUUUAAGUAUGAAUAAAGAUCGUAUUUCAUCAGUACUGGAUGCGCCAGUCCCUAAAAAUGUAUCGGAGAUGUCACCUCUUUAUGAACUUUUAAGAAAAGAUGUAGAAUUCAAAUGGUCGAAAUCUUUUCAAAAGGCAUUUGAAAUGUUAACAAGUUAG